AUGGGGGUUUACCUAAGCACACCUAAAAUUGAUAAAACAUCCGAUGAUGGUGAGAAUGAGAAACUGAGAUAUGGAGUCUCAUCCAUGCAAGGAUGGCGCACAUCAAUGGAAGAUGUUCAUGCUGCUUUACUUGACUUGGACAACUCCACAUCUUUCUUUGGCGUUUAUGAUGGCCAUGGAGGGCAGGCAGUCUCUAAGUUCUGUGCCAAGUAUCUUCACCAGCAACUCCUGAAGCAGGAAGCUUAUGCUGCUGGUGAUAUUGGAACUGCUGCCCAUAAAUCUUUUCUCAGUGGCUUGUUAAGCUCUUUCAAUCUGUUGGGACAUACAACACCUAUCCAGGCUGGAUCCCUUCUACUUCUGGGCCCAUUUCUUGAUUACUGGUUAACAGAAAAGAGAGUCAACAUGUUUAAAUAUGAUAUUUCCUCUAUGGAUUUCUUGGUGUUAUUGAUAGAGGAUAAGGAAUUGGUCGAAAAUCCUAUGAUUGAUGCUUGGUUGCUGAAGAAUAGAAAAAGUCCCUGGGUUGGGAAGAAAGAAGGGUUACAAGGAUGUUGGAUCUUUUAUUGA